AUGGCGUUCUUACUCACCAUCGUACUGGUUUUCCUAUCAGUCGCCAGUGCAGCAUCCUUGUCUGCCAAUUAUCCCAUAAACGCGCAAUUGCCACCUGUUGCACGAGUUUCACAGCCUUUCCGAUUUGAAUUCGCCCAAAGUACUUUCGCCAACACUGACGCGGACACUAAAUACUCGCUAUUAAAUGCACCAUCAUGGCUCGAAGUGGACAGCAGCAGUCUCGCCCUGUACGGAACGCCAGACUCAAGUGACAGUGGCGCCAACGAAUUUAAGCUUGUGGCAUCAAAUGGAUCAGAAAAGGACAGCAUGGACGUUACUUUAAUUGUGACAGCAGACCAGGGACCGACGGUGAACAAACCACUUGUGCCUCAACUGCAGAAAUUGGGACCAGUCUCAUACCCUGCCACGUUGUUCAUCCACCCGGGUCGUCAAUUCUCGAUUGAGUUUGAUCAGGAUACCUUCGACAACACGCAUCCGUCCACGAUAUACUACGGAACUUCGCCGAACAACGCCCCGCUUCCAUCCUGGAUCACCUUCGACCCGGCAGCCCUAAAAUUUGCUGGGAAUAGCCCUGCUUUCCCAGGCGCCGGGCCCCAAACAUUUACUUUCCAGCUGAUCGCAUCAGAUGUAGCUGGAUACAGUGCGGCCAACGUGACUUUUCAACUCUCGAUCGGUCCCCAUAUCCUGACAUUCAAUGAGACUGUCCAAAACUUCAACCUCACGAGAGGAGAAGAGUUCAACAGCCCCAAAUUCACUAGCCUUCUGUCUAUGGACGGUUCGCCAGUUUCUAUCAACGAGCUGGCAAACGUCGAUGCUGAAUUGCCGAACUGGCUGAAGCUGGAUAAGGAGAAUAUAUCGCUGAGCGGGACUCCACCCAAGGAUGCUGUGAAUCAGAACAUCACUAUUUCCGUUACAGACACUUUCCAGGAUCAAGCGCACUUGAUGGUUCGCUUAGAGUUCUUGAAGCUAUUCCUCGACACCGUUAAUGGCUGUGAGGCAGCCAUUGGCCAAGACUUCAAAUUUGUGUUCAACCAGUCCAUCCUCACCGAUGACUCUGUACAACUGGAGGUCGAUUUGGACAAUGACCUCGCGUGGCUUACCUAUUUCUCGGACAACAAGACUCUUUAUGGACACGUUCCAGACGACAUGGAUCCCAAAAAGUUCACCAUACCUCUUACUGCAUAUCAAGGGUCGACCGAAGACACAAUGGACUUCGUUCUCGAUGUGCUCAAAGCCUCGGACACACAUUCGAACCCCACAGAUCCGUUCACUGAUACUGGCAGCCCCGAUCAUAAGAAGGCUGGCAUCAUCGCCAUCUCAGUCGUGGUCCCAUUAGUGGUGAUUCUGAGUCUGUUGAUUCUCUUCUGCUGCUGGCGUAGCCGCAAGAACUCACCCACAAUUGAAGAGGGUUCAUCCGACAGAAAAGCUCCACCACGACCUGUUAGGCCAGAUGUCCCUAAUUGCCAGCCAUCCAUGACGGAAAGACCCUCGCGCGAUGACAAUUCCGAAGAUUGGAUGAGUCCUAUAUCACCGUCGUCGAUCCCCAAGCUCGAACUUGGGCCAGCGUGGAAUGUGGCAUCAUUUGAUAAACGGGAGAACCCAGUUAACUUUGUUAUCCCUGAGCCCAUUAUUCCCCCUCGCUCUCCUGCUCGCAACUCUCCCACUCGUGGGGGCUUUGUUCCACGGCGGGACACCGUCACCCAAGAGGACAAACCCGUUGAAGCCGUCUCGCCUUCCAAGAAGCAAAACAAUCGCCUCUCAUACACGAGCAGUCCCGUGCGUCGUAGGGCCACCAACCGGUCUCGACGAGAGCCGUUGAAGCCGAUCCAACCGCGGGCCAUGAAGCGAGAAUCUCUCCAAUCUUCCAAGUCCAAGAGAUACUCAAAGCGCUCCAGCGGUAUCUCCUCCAUUGCCUCUGGACUGCCUGUACGAUUCAGCGGAGCCGGCCAUGGCGCCGGCGGCUUCGGACCUCCCGGUCACGGCGUGGUGCACACAUCAUGGCAAAACGCCCGAGCCUCAAUGAUAAGCGAUGAGACCAGCCUAACAAACAUGGCGCCGAUGUUUUCGCGUCCGCCAGCAGCAGGACGCAUGCGCCACAGCAUGGCAUCUAGCAUCCCCGAAAACUACAGGCGCAUGACCCUACGCACUGUUGAGCCCGACGACUCUAUUAUCUCCGAAGCCGACUCCCUGGAAGCCUUUGUCCACAGCCGGGCCAAGCACCGCAACUCCUCCAACCCUCUUUUCUCCGCGCAGAUCAGCCGGCGCACUUCCUCCGGCAUGCGCGCGCUCGACCGAAACCGCAGCACGCGCAGCCGCGCGGACACUGUCUCCGUAUCAACCUUCAGCGAUGAAUACCGCCAAUCUAUGCAAGACCGGCCCUUGUCGACUGCGAUCUCGGCAUCGGAAUACGGUGACGACAACACCACCACCAACCGCUUCUCCCAGUAUCAGAGCCAGACCGGUCUGUUUCCCCUUGCUGAGGGCAGUGCAUAUGGCCAGAGCCAGCUGAGUAUUGCACAAGACUACCGCGGUGCUAUCUCCCCACUUCCGCAGUGCUGGAGCGAAAAUAGUAUGGGCAGUGGUCGGCAGUUGGAAGGCCAGGGCAACUCUCAACCUCAGAAAGUGAAUGAUGAAAAUGCCAUGCCGCCCAGCUCGUCUAUGAUCUCGGAUCUGGAUGAGCAUCUGUCGCGCAAGGCCAACCCUAACAAAGGCGCCAAUCACGAGUGGUGGUUGUCGUCACCCGUUGAGCCCCCGCGGCCGCUGAAGAAUUCCGAUAAUCGGAGUCUUCCUGUAGCUAGUAGUGGGGAGCUGGCAUUUGUUUGA